AUGUCCAACAACAUGAACGAGGUUUUCGAGCAUGAAACAAUUGAAUUGGAGCUCGGUGACAUCAAUGGUGCAUCCACAGUUAUAGAUGAAAUGAAGAAAUUGCACUGGGCAAUUAAAGAAUGCAAAAUUCAAACGGAAGAUCUGGGAUUUGAACCAAUUGACCUAAUUGGUCAUUCCUAUGAUGAAUUUUCCCUUUAA